AUGACUGGUUCUAAUUUCAAUCACAAUAUUACAUUUGCUCUUCUAAUUGCAGCCCUUGUUUGGUUUUCAAGUACCGAAACUAGCAAUGCUAGAAGGGACAAACAUUGGAGGCAUAGUAUAGGUCAUUCCUUUGAUUCUAAGUACCAUGGAGGAGGUCAAUACCAAGUUAAUGCUGAUAAACAAAAUCAAGGAGGAGGUUCGAAAUUUAAUGUGCUCGACUAUGGAGCUAAAGGGGAUGGUAAAUCCGACGAUAUAAAGGCGUUUCAAGCUGCAUGGUCAGAUAUUUGUAAAGCGGGCGCAUCAACGAUGAUCAUUCCAUCGGGUUAUAAGUUCCUCGUUGGACCCAUGUCGUUCUCUGGUGCGAACUGUCACAAAGACAUUAUUUUUCAGCUUGAUGGUACAAUAUUAGCUCCCACAAACUCCAAGGCAUGGGGUUCAGGACUUGGUCAAUGGCUUGAAUUUACGGAAGUUGUAGGAUUCACGAUCCAAGGGAAAGGCACCAUUGAUGGAGGCGGCUCAGUUUGGUGGACCAGAUCUAUGCUUGAUUCUAUUGACAACAACGAUAAAUUAGUUUCAUUAGACAAAAUCACAAAGACAGAAGAUCAACAAGUAAGCAAUGCACUGGAUGAGAAAGUGUCCAAAACCAGGCCAGUGGCUUUGAGGUUUGUUGGGGGUUCUGAUGUGACAAUCACGGGAAUAACCAUCCAAAACAGUCCCCAGUUCCACCUUACAUUCGACAGCUGUGAUGGAGUUACAGUAUUUGAUAUCAGGAUUUCAUCUCCCGCUGAUAGUCCAAAUACAGACGGAAUCCACUUAAGCAGUUCCAAGAAUGUCAUAAUUCACCAUACAGACCUUGCUUGUGGAGAUGAUUGUAUAUCUAUACAAACAGGAUGCGAAAAUGUACUUGUGCACGAUGUUAAUUGUGGACCAGGGCAUGGAAUAAGUAUUGGGAGCUUGGGGAUAGAUGGCACAACAGCAUGUGUUUCCAACAUCACUGUUAAGAACGUCAAAAUCCACGAUACAAUGACUGGAGUUAGGAUUAAGACAUGGCAGGGUGCAGAAGGGAUGGUGAGAGGAGUGUUGUUCUCAAAUAUUCAAGUUUCUGAAGUUGAAAUCCCAAUCAUGAUUGAUCAGUACUAUUGUGAUCAUAGCACCUGCAAAAAUCAAACAUCUGCUGUUAGUAUAGCAAAUAUCGCAUAUGAAAAUAUAUGGGGAACCUAUACAAUACAACCCGUUCAUUUAUCAUGCAGUGAUAGCAAGCCAUGUAUGGACUUAAAGUUAUCUAAUAUUGAACUCAAGCCAAAGGCAAACGGUCACGAAAUGUCUCAACCAUUUUGCUGGCAAGCUUUUGGAAAGUUGAACUCUCCCAUCAUUCCCAAGAUUGAUUGUUUACAACAAAGCAAAUCAUCAAACAAUAUGCAUCUCGAUAAUUAUCAGUGUGCAGAAUAA